AGUAGGAAGGAGCCCAGGGAAGCAGCUCCUCCCUUAUAAUAGGCUACACGAAAUACAUACACACUCAUAUUUUGUGUGUCACACCAGUUUAAAUUGAUAUUAAACAUCUUUAACUUGGUCCUAAACCCUGACAAGGCUUGAUUUACUGGUGAUAGAUUUAUCCAGUAUCAUACAUUUGACCAGUAUUAAUAGGAUCAACUAAAUCUUUUCGUUACACUAUUGCAGGAACAAUGCGUUUUAGUUCAAACGUUAAGCUGUAUGUUCUGCUUCUCGUUGUUGGAAUCUUCUUGCUUCUUGGGUAUGUCUACUUCAGCUUCUUCUCUGAAAAGCUCAACCGAGACAUCCCAGUUGAUGAGUACCAGAAGAACAACAGCCUGAGUAAGCCCAUGGUCAGAAGCAGAGUACGGAACAUGGUCUCUUCUGAAAAGCUUUUGUACAAGCAGCCCAGUAUCUUGGUGGGACGUACUGAUGUGGUGACAGUGACACCAUGGUUGGCAUCCAUCAUCUGGGAAGGCACCUUUGACCCUGUGCUCGUUGACAACAUCUACAAGCCCAUGAACCUCACCAUAGCAACCACAGUGUUUGCAGUUGGAAAAUAUGUCAGCUUUCUCAGAGAUUUUCUGGAGACAGCGGAGAAGCACUUCAUGGUCGGCUUCAACGUGCGCUACUAUGUUUUCACUGAUCGUCCCCACGAUGUUCCUUCAGUGAACCUAACUCAGGGGAGACAUUUAAGUGUGAUCCAGGUCCCAGGUUCAAACCGCUGGCAGGAGAUAUCAGCCCGGAGGAUGGAGAUCAUCCAGACCACCAUUGAAAGUCAGAUCAGCAGGGAGGCCGACUACAUCUUCUGUCUUGACGUGGACAGCAAGUUCCAUGCUCGCUGGGGGGCCGAGUCUCUAGGAAGGCUGGUUGCUGUGAUACACCCAGGCUACUAUGAGCAGACCCGUGGCAGCUUCCCGUACGAACGGCGUCCAGCCUCGAUGGCCUACAUCCCCAUGGAUGAGGGAGACUACUACUAUGGUGGGGCUAUGAUCGGCGGGUUCGUGGAGGAUGUGUACACACUUACAAAGGUAUGUCGGCACCGGUUUGAGGUGGAUGCUGGGAAUUCCAUCGAGGCUGCCUGGCAGGAGGAGAGCCACCUCAACAGGUACCUGCUCUAUAACAAGCCCAGCAAGGUGUUGUCUCCGGAGUACCUGUGGCAGGACUUCAAGGCCAAAACCAAAGAGGUCAAAGUAAUUCGCUUCUCAGGGGUCAUUAAAAACUAUGCUGAAGUUCGUCCCAAUGUAUAAAAAGAGGAAGUGGAUAUUUGACCAGCAGAAAAAAACUGAAUUCAGUCUUAGCAGUAUAAAUUCAUUGAGGUUGUGGUUAUGUUUAGGUUUAGGAAUGAGGGUUAGGUUAAGUUUAAGUUUGAGUAUAGUUUCUCUGAGUUACAUUUGUGGGUUGCAGUUCGGGAAAAGCAUAAUAAUAAAAAUAAUUUGGGGGCUACUUAAAUUUGUCCUGUUACACACGUGGGUGUUUUUUAGAAUAAGGUUGUAAUGUAACAACAUGGGGAAAAUGUGAAGGAGUCUGAACACUUUCUGAAUGCACUGUAUUGACUUUUUUGUUGAAGAAGAAAGGAUGAGCUUUAUUAUAUUACAGUCAUGAAUGAGAAGUUGUUUCAAUGAUUCAUAUUACACACGUGUAGGACAUUGCAAUAAAUGAGUCACACUUA